AAAUGACCAAUAAGAUACGAACUUAAACAUAAUGUAUAGAACGCCUUCGGUUGAUGCGUAUAAAACUAUGGCCGUUAGAAAAUUGCGCCAUGUUUUAGUUCACGAGUGAAUUGUUUUCCGAAACUGUGUGUGGUGCGUGUGAAUAUAUAUAUAUAUUAAAGAAAUCUUUCUUAAAUAUUUCUAUUUCACGAAGAAGAUUGACGAAAUAUACGACGUUUAAUAAAGUUUUAUAACUAUGGUAUUGGUAAACAAAAUGUCGGUAGAUAAUCUCAGUGAUGCAGAAUUACGUACCAAGCUGAUGGAAUAUGGAUACCCGGUAGGACCUGUAACACAGACAACCAGAAAAAUACUUGCUAAGAAAUUAAAAACUCUUAUUGAAACCCGAGGUCUUGCCGGAACGCGUCAUUCAUUAGCUGCAAGAUACAGCAGCGAUGAGACGGAUGAGGACACCACUUCAACCGUCGUUAAAAGAAACAAAAAAACAUCAUCUAAUACUCGUCGACAAACUUUGGCCAAUCCUAUGCCUCCGCCAUCUUCUACGAUACCAGUACCUUCCGAAACGAAAAAUUUCAUGAAAGAUCCUAAUGUAGAAAUAGUUGAUAAUGUUAUGCCGGAGCCGGUUGGUUCAUCAACAUUUUCCAGUCGUAACGUAACCACAAAUAUACAAAAGAAACAUACAAAGAUUUAUAAUUCAGCCAAUCGGUCUGAUGGAUUAGAAACUGGCUCUGAUUCUGAUGUUAGAGAAGAGAACGAUUCUAAUUAUGUACGUAGUAGAUAUUUAACUAAUGUCGGAAAGUUUUACGGUUCUAAAUUACAUAAUGAACAUACUACCAUUGGAGAUGAACAAUCAUCAAAAUUAUUAUACGAAUCAAAGUUAAGACCUGUUCAUACUCUUAAAGAUAAUAAGUAUGUCGAACCUUCUUAUAAAAAGUCAUCACCGAUUAAAGAUGAUACUAAUUUAAGAGACUCGAAAGAUUUACUUUCGAAUUAUGAUACACCAUUUUUAUCAGAAUUUACACGAAGGCUCAGUUCUAGAACAACGUUGGAUAGCCCUUCUACUUCUCUCUCUACGAUAAAUAGUUCUGUAAUGCGAGAUACACCUACUGUUUCUGUAGACAAGUAUAAGAAGGAAUUUAAUCAUUUUUCUUCUUUAAAAUCGUUAUGUUCAACUUUGCCUACAGGUUUAAGAACGGUCGAUGCAAUUAACGACAAAUCUCGUAAAACUAUUGGCAAAAAGUUCAAGUCCAGUUCAAAUAAGGAAGAUUUACGUAACAACCAAAAUAUGAUUUCCGUCUUCCUAGUUGUGGUACUUGCAUUAUUUUUUGCAGUCCUCGCAAUAAUAUACUUGGGACUGGGUGGUAAAAGUGAAACUUUCCCAUCAUUAUCAAUGGAUAGCGAUAUACCGCUGUGUUUUAUGGGAACGCCCGAUCUCAAAGCACCAGGAGUUAAUUGUGUUAUGAAAGAAAAUGUAGAAUCCGUAUUAUCAUUAUUAAAACGACUUCAACCAAUUUUAUUGAAAAAAGCAAUAUCCGUGGAAUGUGACAAUUCCAGUGAUAUACCAUAUUUAACGGAUUCACAAAUAAUGGAUAUGUUUUCAAACACUAAAGUGACACCUCUAGAUGUGAAAGAAGAUUUACAAAAUGCACAACUUCUUAUUAUUAGGAAUCCUCAAUGGGGUAUUUCACUAAUUGACGUAAGCGAUGGGGAUAAGGCUUCUGGAGAAGUAUUAAAUUCGUUGGAUAGUAUAUUUACAGCCCGUAUAAAUGGAAAAAUUGGAAUGGUUAUAUUAAAUCCGGACCGACCUUUGCAAUGUCAUAUCAAGAAUAAGUUAUUCACCAUUUUUUCAACUCUCCUGAUAAUCUCCCUUGGCAUUUUAGCAGUUAUCGGAACGCAGAAAUCAUACGUUUGGUAUAAAAGAUAUCAACAAUCAAUGGAAAGAGAAUUAUUUAAGUUAGUUAGCGAAAUAAUUAAUGUUAUUGAACAACAUCAUCAAAAUGUUGGAUUAUCGACCCCCGUUUCGACGCAAGAUACAUUUCUCGUGAUCAAUCAUGUGCGAGAUAAUUUGAUUUUACCUAAGGAUCGUAAAAAAAUGUCUGCUUUAUGGGAGAAGGCUGUUAAAUUCUUAGACGAGAAUGAAUCUAGAAUUCGAAGAGAAGUGCAACAAGUUGCUGGUGAAGAAUUUCAAGUAUGGCGUUGGUUACCUAAUAAUACUCUUAACGCGUCUAGUACGCAAAGUCCGUCGUUGAAUAAAAAAUCCAAAGUAUGGCAAGGACAAGCAUUUGAGACUAUGGAAGGAUCGGUUAAUAGUUUAACUUGUUCGCCAACCCCUUGCUUAAAAAUAAGACAUAUGUUCGAUCCAGAUGCUGAAAAUGACGACAACUGGGAGAUCAAAAUACAAGAUGCCAUUUUAGAAAAGUGCGGAGAGGGUGUACAGAUACUUCAUAUUCGAGUAGAUCGUGGUAGCAGGGAAGGUUGCGUUUAUAUGAAGUGCACAUCGCAGAAAGAUGCUGGCAAAGCUUACAGAGCGUUACAUGGCUGGUGGUUUGACGGUCAUUUGGUAACCGUCAAAUAUUUACGACUUGAACGAUAUUACAAAAGAUUUCCAGACGCUGUGCAGUGCACGACGCCUUUGAAACCAAGCAAUAAUAAACGAUUGUCCAUGCAGUCGCACUAUUGGCAAAGUCCGUUAGAAUCUAAUUAAUAAAACUGUCCACACGUGCUGCUCCAUCAUCAUAUCUAGCAAAAAGAAAA